GUGUUCAUAUCCAUAGUCCUUCGAGCGGCAGGAAUGUGGCGGCGCGGCGGGCUGCCCCCCCACGUCGAUGGCGAGUGUGUCCGCCCGUGGCCCCGCCCCGCCCAUCACCGCCCCGACGACCUGGCCAACCAGCACGCGGGGCCUCGCCUUCAAAGACGCCGCUGGCGCCGCCCACCAAUAGGCUGGCGGCCGGUGGGCGGGGCUCGGCAAGCCAAAAAGUGGUGGGUCCAGUGUAUCGCCUUGUAGUUUGACACCUGAGUUUGUGGGUGGCGUAGCCCUUCGAAGGCCUCGUGGGCAGUGCCAGGCUCGUUGACGUUGACGGGUCACCAGGUGUUGUUCCUCGGAAGUGCUCGCUCACACGUCCCGGCGGAGGGAGUUUUGUGUCUCCGCAGCGCAAGGAGUCACCGCUGCAGCCAUGACCAUCCGUCCCAUCUUCUCAGGAUACCCGUUCCAGGCUGGCGGUGUGUCCACAGGUCAGGGCCGCGUGAACCAGCUGGGCGGCGUGUUCAUCAACGGGCGGCCGCUGCCCAACCACAUCCGCCUCAAGAUCGUGGAGAUGGCGGCGGCCGGCGUGCGGCCCUGCGUCAUCUCGCGGCAGCUGCGUGUGUCCCACGGCUGCGUCUCCAAGAUCCUCAACCGCUACCAGGAGACCGGCUCCAUCCGGCCCGGCGUCAUCGGCGGCUCCAAGCCCAAGGUGACCACGCCGGACAUCGAGAAGCGAAUCGACGACUAUAAGAAGGAGAAUCCGGGCGUCUUCUCCUGGGAAAUCAGGGACAGACUCAUUAAGGAGGGUAUAGUGGACAAGACAUCGGCGCCCUCCGUCAGCAGUAUCAGCAGGAUCUUGAGGGGCGGCAAGAGAGACGACGACCCGCGCAAGGACCACAGCAUUGACGGCAUCCUCGGCGGCGGCGGGAGUGACGACAGCGACACGGAGAGCGAGCCGGGCAUCCCCCUGAAGCGGAAGCAGCGGCGGGCGCGCACGACCUUCACGGCGGAGCAGCUGGAGGUCCUGGAGCGCUCCUUCGAGAAGACGCAGUACCCAGACGUCUACACGCGGGAGGAGCUGGCGCAGAAAGCCAAGCUGACGGAGGCGCGGGUGCAGGUGUGGUUCAGCAACAGGCGGGCGCGGCUCAGGAAGCACCUCAGCAGUCAGCAGCUGGCGGGGCUCUCCUCCAGCAUGCCCGCCGCCGCCGCCAUGCCCGCCGCGGCCUCCUCCUACAUGAACCAGUACGCCGCGCCCGCCGCCGACCACUCCGCCGUCGCCGCCGCCACCGCCGCCGCCUACCACUCCUCCAGCGCCUGGCAGAGCUCCGGCGGUUACGACUAUAGCAGCGCCGCCGCCGCUGCCUCCUUCAGCAGCGACAACUCCCACGCCCUCAUGUCCUCCCCGAUGGCUGCCAUGACCUACCCUGUCACCUCCAUGCCCUCCAUGACGGCCUCCAUGACGCCUACCAUGAACUCGGCAGGCUCGACGGAGGCCGCCGCCGCUGCAGGCUGGGGCGCCGCCAAGACGGUGCCCUCCCCUCCCAUGGGCGGCUGGAACACCGGCUUCUCCACGCUGGGCGGCGAGCAGCUGGGGGGCCUGCUGGGGGGCCAGGGCUACAAUAUGGGGCACGCAAUGGCCGCCCCCGCCCACUCCAUGGGUGACAAGUCCCACGUCCCGCCCUCCACCGCCGCCUACCCCGCCUACUUCCCCCAGUUCGCCGACCCCUCCUCCCUCAUGUGCGGCCGCGUCCACUAGUCCUCUACACGCCUUCCUUCAUCCCUCCACGCCCCUUCACUCCCACGCCUUCUCACGCACCUCAUCCCUCUCCAGGGGUUUCCAUUCCAUUCCACGCUUCACCACGCCCCUCUAUCCUUCUCGACGCCUCCUCACGCCCUCUCCAUUCCUUCCACGCUUCACCUCCCUCCCUCCCACCUCCUCCGCCCCUCCAUGCCGUCCAGAAACGCACGCCUCGUCUCGUGUUGAGCAUCUCCUUCGUGUCCGUGCGUGUUCCUCCGUCGUCCGUAGCGGUGGAAGUUAAGUGCACGUGUUACCUCAAGAAAUCCUCCGUCACCUUUUCCCGUACAUUCGGUUCCUGCCCCCCUCUCUCCCUCCUCUUCCUUCCCAUGCUCUCAAUUCCUUCCAAACUCCAUACCCACCAAUAAGGGCUGACACGUGUUGCCUCAAAGCCUUAUUAAUUACAGGUAAGCAAUAUAGAUGAGAUUUAAUCACCACAGCUACAACAACCCUUACCACUAUACCCACCAUCACCAACACCACACAACCACAACUACUGUCACCACCUUAUGUCCCUAUCACCACAACCCUCGCCAUCAUCUCUAUCACCAAUUUUUCACCAUCACUAUCACCGUAACACCCCAUAGCAUUAAUUUUUGUCAUCGUCUUUCCCACGUGCAACCCACCAUCAUGACCUACACCACCGCCAUCACUAUCCUCACCACCAGUACCACAGCCGUCACUAGUGUUUCAGCUAGUGCCUCACCUAGCUAGUGAUCACCUAGUGUGCCGCUAAACCCACUUAAUUCCUCUAUUCACGUUGACCUCGAAAAUAAGCCCCGCCUACUCCACCCCAGCAUCCACCAAGCACAUGCAGCCUGAGUUGGAAAGGAGGCGUGGUUUGCUCUUGCGUUAGCCAAUGAUAUACAGCUAAUGUGGAAAGGGGAGGGGCUUAUUUUCGACCUUAGUGUGAAUGGAGUAUACAUGCUCACCUAUCCACUCGUCCGCCCCGCCGCCUCAGCGCUGCAGGGCCGGAGUAACACCUUCGUCACCUGGAGAUUCACGAGCGACCUAUCCACGACUCCCUCACGCUCAUCCACACGACUCACCCCACUCACUCACGUGUCCCCCUCCCCAAGCCCCCCAGUCUUCCUCAUACUGGCCUCUCAUGUAUAUGUAUAGCCAGUGGUCGUAGCCAAAGGUAUAUUUUAGUGUUUAUUAGUCACGCCACUACAACUACUACUACUACUACUACUACUAUCCUGCUUCUAUUAUUAACACUACCACACUGUUUCCACUAUUAUCCCUACUACUACUACUACUACUACUACUACUACAACUACUAUUACUACUACUACUACUACUACUACUACCACCACUAACCAUAAUGAAAAACUGUAGUGCUACCUCUGACUACACACAAUUACAAAAUAAAGCAAAACUUUCACUACUACUACUACUACUACUACUACUACUACUACUAGCAUUAAGUGUACAGUUGAUCGUAGAAUAUAAGAGUAAGACAAGACUUAAGUAGUAAUAAUAAUAUAUAAUAUACAGGGAAGAGAGAGAGAGAGAGAGAGAGAGAGAGAGAGAGAGAGAGAGAGAGAGAGAGAGAGAGAGAGAGAGAGAGAGAGAGAGAGAGAGAGAGAGAGAGAGAGAGAGAGAGAGAGAGAGAGAGAGAGACUAAACCACCCCUUUCCCCUAUCAGUAGUUCAGUAGUAAUGUUUGGAGAAGCCUAAUCAAUACACACAUAAGAACUUAAACAAUAACAACAACAAAAAAGUGUGCUGUGUUAAAAGAUAGAACAAAAAAUAAAGGGAGAGAUGGAAAUAAGCUGGAGAGAAAGCUAUCCCACCCUCUCCCCCCUUCCCUUUAUCCCUCUCUCCCUCUCGUCCGUUUCGUAGUAAUUUUCACCGCUUGUCUUCCCUUGUGUGUGUGUUCAUCCGUCCGUCUGUGUGUGUGUGUGUGUGUGUGUGUGUGUGUGUGUGUCCCUCUGUAAAUUUGUAGCGUAGCCUCGUAGCGAUGUAGCGACUCCGUAUGGUGACAGUGUUAGCAGGCUACGGGUGCAAACUAAAUCCGUCAGCCUCUCGUCAGGGUAACAACAGGAUCAUCAAACUGGUAAUAGCAUGUCUAAAUAAACUGUGUAAAUAAAUGA